UCGGUUGGCUGGCAAUCAAAGACUAGAUUGUGUCAUUGAUUCAGAUCUUCUUGGUUUAAAUCAAUGACUCUGUCCCUGGACCUUUGUUUGAAGUAACGACAAGGACAAGGAAUCAUAUCUCUGGCCUUCUCCUGACUUAUCAAGAUUGACAUCCCGCAAACCGCGAGCUGAUCAACAUUUGCUCAUCACUUGAUUAUAGCUAUAGAAAUAUCUCACCAAGCACAACAUGGCUAAGCCUUCGGAUAGCAAGCGACAACGGCUAUCACAUCUGGGAAGAAGCCUCUUUCACCUUAAACGGCCAAGGUCGGUGGACAGUCUGACUUUAGACGCCGACAAUGUCCAAACACCGAGAAUCAGUGCUCAGAGAACGAUGGAGUCAGAAAAGUCAUCGACAAUAGAGAAUCUAAGAAAAGAGAUUCUAGACUUGAAGAAGAAACUGCGGAGCUGUCCUCCUGUUGACACCAAUUUUUCCGCGCAAAGUAGCGCAAAGCCAGCAUCACCGAUCAUCACUCCUAACUCUGCAACUCCAAGCUCUACGCCGCCCUCUGUCACCCCCUCAAGCUCCUCAUAUGGAACAUCCCUAAUCAGCACCAAUUCCACCGCCACCAGUCUCAGCCUCAUUGAAAGCAACACACCCAAUACUUCUGGGCGUACCGAUCUCCUUAUCAGUGUGGCAGAUCGGUUCCUGGAUCUGUGUAGCAGGCUUGAUGAACUCCUCGACGAGCGCCAGACCAUGUCCAAGAUUGGAGGAGGCCUCCCGGCCUGUUUAAUGGGCUCGUACCACGCAGAUGGCAGCGGGCAAGAUCUCAAGGGAUUCAUCCGAAACUCGCUUGCCCUACGAGAAAACAGGAUUGAGCUGGAGAACUGUCAGAAAGAACGCCCUCAUCACAAAUUUAGAGUUGCUGAAACCGGACUGAGGCUUGCUGUUAACCGGAUAGCCUUCAUGUUCGAUCGCCUCAUUGGGACCUGUAACAGGAUACCACUCGAAGCUCAAGAGGAUGAAUUCUGGGCGAACAGACAGAACAUUCAUAGCGUGGUUUCGAAUAUUCUGAGUGACACCUUUCUCACAGUUACAGACCACUCCUGGACCAGGCUAUAUUUGAAAGGCCUACUCGCAUUCUAUCGCGAUGAAGCGACUCAACAAUUCCAUGUGCAAACACCGCUGCCCGCUAUGUCUGCUCCAGUCCAGCAUCUCCAUGAGCUUCUUUCGCGGGCUUCUACUCGCAAUAGGGAUUCUCCCAAUACCAACCUACGGACAUCGCCACAAAACCCAAUAUCCAGACGGGAGGAUGGUGCAAGGGACAGAAAGUACUGCCCUGCCUGCCAUCCAUCAACGAGAUUCGAUAUUCUGAAGUUUGACACGGAGCUAAAGCAUAUGAAAUGGAAGCGGAAAUGUCGCCUUUGUCACAAGCUCAUCGAGCGCGAUUUUGUGAGAGAGACUGUCAUUAGUCUUGCUGUCCGAAGAAAGUGAGAGCUGUGACUCGGUUGAGGAUUCAAAGCGCGAAUUCAGAAUGGAUUGUCGAUAGUAACCCCCUCAAGCUGGGAACUUGAGAACAGCAUGCUGGUCAUGCUGAUGGCUACUUGAAUAUGCAAAUGCAUGAGGCAUGGGGAGGGAUCGCAAGAAAUGCUCCCUAAUCAUCUCAACCUCUCGAGCACCUUGGAACGAUGGCCAUUGCAAACCUAGAAGAGAAUAGAAAAGGACGAUAGAUUUCAG